UAUGGAAAAUCAGGCGCAGUUUCACAUUCAACUUACUGAUCAUCAACCUCCUCCUCCUCCAUCUUAUGAAGAAGAUUUGGAUGAUGAUGGCAGGCCCAAAAGAACUGGGACAGUUUGGACGGCUACAUCACACAUAAUAACCGCAAUUAUAGGGUCGGGAGUUCUUUCUCUAGCUUGGGCGGUGGCGCAGCUGGGAUGGGUGGCCGGAGUUACCAGCCUCCUGUGUUUUUCGUGUGUAACUUUAUACACAUCCAAUCUACUAGCUGACUGCUAUCGCUCCCCCGAUCCACUCACCGGAAAAAGAAACUAUACCUACAAGGAAGCUGUUAAAAAUAACUUGGGUGGGAAAAUGCAUGUAUUAUGUGGGAUUGCUCAAUAUUGCAAUCUUUGUGGGAUGGUAAUUGGCUACACAAUCACCUCAUCAAUAAGCAUGGUGGCAAUUCAGAAAUCAAACUGUUUCCAUAAGACUAUGAGCCAUGAAAAUUGCAGCUUCUCCCACAAUCCUUACAUGAUAGGAUUGGGGGUAGUUCAGAUUUUCUUGUCUCAAAUCCCGAGUUUCGAUAAAUUGUCAAUUCUCUCCAUUGUCGCUGCCAUCAUGUCUUUCACUUACGCCUCCAUUGGCAUUGGCCUUGCUCUAGCCAAGAUUGUCUCGGGGGAAAAAGAGAAGAGUAGUUUGACAGGAGUGGAAAUUGGGUUGGGCAUAUCAGCAGCUGACAAGACUUGGAAAAUGUUUAGGGCUCUAGGGGACAUUGCAUUUGCCUUUACAUUCUCUCAAGUUCUUGUUGAAAUUCAAGACACCCUGAAAUCAACAUUGCCCGAGAAUAAAGUGAUGAGAAAAGCCAAUAUGUUAGGGGUCUUAACGACGACAACUUUCUAUGUAAUGAGCGGCUGCAUUGGCUAUGCUGCCUUAGGAAACCCUGCUAAAGGGAACAUGCUAACCGGGUUUGGAUUCUAUGAGCCAUUUUGGCUAAUCGACUUGGCUAAUAUUUGCAUUGUGGUUCACUUGGUAGGCGCCUAUCAGGUAUUUGCGCAACCAUUGUUUAAUGCGGUGGAAACAGAGAUUUCGAGAAGGUGGCCGAAGUCCAAGUUUGUGAAAAAGGAGUACCCAAUUGGGAUGGGCAAGAUCAAAAUAAGCUUUAAUUUGCUGAGGCUAACUUGGAGGACUUCAUUUGUGGUAUUGGCCACAUUCACAGCCAUGUUGUUUCCAUUCUUCAAUGAGGUUUUAUCAUUGUUAGGCGCUUUCGGGUACUGGCCACUGACGGUUUACUUCCCCAUAUCGAUGUUCAUCGCGAAUAAGAGGAUCCAAAGAUGGAGUAGUAAGUGGGUCGGACUCCAGCUCGUGAACACGGUCUGUUUCCUUGUGGCAUUGGCUGCAGCUUGCGGGUCCAUCCAAGGUAUUGGUCUGGCACUCAAAACCUAUAAGCCUUUCACUAUCAAGGAAUGAAGUAAUUUAUGGUGGUAUUUAUAUGACAUUAUUAAUGUGUUAUGAAUUGAGUAAAA